AUGAUAACCAUAAAAGUACCAUGCUCCUCAGCAAACAUUGGCCCGGGCUUCGAUGUCAUUGGCCUUGCGCUGUCGAUAUGGCUCGAGCUCCGCGUUGAGGUCGAGGACAAACCUACCAAGGCACCCCUCAACUGCGUGAUUACCUACGAGGGCGAAGGCGCAGAAGAGGUGCCGUUAAGCGCUGAUGCAAAUCUCAUUACGAGGACGGCGUUAUACGUCCUCAGAAGCUAUGGACAGAGAGCAUUCCCUGCUGAGACCAGGGUUCACAUCAUCAACCCUAUCCCCCUUGGCCGUGGCUUGGGCUCUUCGGGUGCGGCGGUGGUGGCAGGUGUCGCGCUGGGGAACGAAGUGGGGAAACUUGGAUUGUCGAAAGCCCGCAUGCUGGAUUAUUGUCUGAUGAUCGAGCGCCAUCCGGAUAACGUUGCAGCGGCGUUGUAUGGAGGAUUCGUGGGGACAUAUCUCAAUGACCUAAGCCCUGAAGACACCGAACGCAAAGAAAUUCCUCUCAGCGAGGUCCUCCCCGCCCCAGCAGGAGGUAUUGAUACUGGCGAAACUCCGCCUCAGCCGCCAAUCGGAAUCGGCCACUAUAUGAAGUUCCCCUGGGCCAAGGAGAUCAAGGCAAUUGCGAUCAUUCCCCACUUCGAAGUAGCGACUGCAGAGGCACGAGGUGUGCUUCCUGCUUCAUACUCGAGACAAGAUGUAGUCUUCAAUCUGCAACGGAUAGCUCUUCUCCCGUCUGCUCUCGGAACCUCGCCUCCGAAUGCAGAGCAAAUAUACCUAGCCAUGCAAGAUAAGGUCCACCAGCCGUAUAGGAAAGGUCUUAUCCCAGGUCUCCCGGAGAUCUUGCAGUCUGUCACCCCAAAAUCUCAUCCUGGACUUUGCGGUAUAUGUCUCUCUGGAGCCGGGCCCACAAUCCUGGCUCUGGCAACGGAAAACUUCGAAGCAAUUGCGGAAGCCAUAUUGGAGAUGUUCAAACAAAAGAAUCUCGAAUGUCGAUGGGAAUUAUUAGAACCAGCGGAAGAUGGCACCACAGUUACCUAUAGCUGA